CUAGAAAGAUGGCGCUCUCCAUGUGUCAUGUGUGGAUAAAAACAACGUGAUCUUCUGACAAAACUACUUCGUUUCUAAGCAGUACUUGUACUACUUUUCAAGAUGUUGACACCAUCUUUUGAGUUGUUUCAAGAUGAUAUAUUUCUAACUAUUGUCAUCAAAGCUCCAUUCACAAAGGUGUCAGAGACAGAGAUAUUCAUUGAAGACAGUGAUUUCAAGUUUUACUCCAAGCCAUAUUUCUUGAGACUGAAUCUGCCUGGCAACAUUGUAGAAGAUGGUAGAGAGACAGCCAACUACGAUGCUGAUGCAGGUACAUUCACAAUCCGAGCAGCCAAACAGACUGCAGGACAGGUGUUCGAUGGCCUGGACAUGCUCACAAAGCUGUUGGCACCACGAGGAGAUGGAUCUGCUAAACAGCCCACCAUUGAAGUCAUGGGUGAGGAGUCCAUUCUGCCUAGUGAUGCCCUUCCCGAUGAGGAGGAUAUUGACUGGUCAGUGGAGCAGACGCCAUUCAUGGAGACAUCAGUUCUGGCAGACGGACACAAGUACGGCUUUGGCUGUCUUAGAUCUGGUGUCUUUAAGAGGCUGCAGUCGGAGCUGUGUGAGGUGGUGGACCUGAGAGACCCGGACUCAGUGGCUCCAGAAGAGAGGCGAGCACAGAGGAAGGAGGAGGAGUCCCACAAGUUUGACGACGACCACUACCUAGCGGACCUCUACCAGGACGACUUAGUACAGCAUCUGCUGUCAUUCAGGCCGCCGUGGGAUGCAGCAUGGAAACAGCUGUCCAAGGGAGGGAAGAGGAAAGAGUUAGUGACCUUGACAGAGGAAGAGAAGGAGAAGAUGAGGAAGCUUCCCAACAAAGAAUUUUUGAUUGACAGCAGUAUGCUUCCAUCUGUGUACCUGAGCCUGGUUGAUGUAAUCUUCUGCUACAUGUACAGUUACCGAGUUACGGAAGGGGAGCACAACGUGGAGUCAGGCUGGACCAUCUCUAAGCUGAGUGCCACACUGUCCUGGCUGGAGACGUUCUCCAGCCUGCAGGAUGUAAUGGCGACCUGCUACAGAAGGUGCUUGUGCUUCCCCCUGCACCGACACUGGAGUUUGCUGGAGACUGUGAGGGAGGAUACCUGCAGGGUGCUGUCACUAGGUCGCAGACAGGUGCUAAAGUGUCUGCUGGAUGUACAGACAAUCUUGACGGACACAGAACAACGGUAUAUACUGAAUGACCUCUACAUCAAUGACUACUGUGUGUGGAUCCAAGGCAUCAGGAACGAGAAACUGGAAACCCUCGCAUCUGCAUUGAGAAAGAUAAAUAUUUGUAAAAGUGAUGUUGAUCUGUCUCUGGAGGAGCUUGAGGCAGCAGCCCAGGCAGUGAUGGAGGAGGAGGAAGGAAUUGUCAGAAAACUGGAGAAACUUUCAAUGAAGGCCACACCAGAUGCAGAUAGUGAUGAUAGUUCUGAUGGAGAAACGGAUAGUGAGGAGGAUAGUGAGGACACAGACAGCAGUGAUCACUCCACAGAUGACCAAAUCACAGGCACAGAUAAGGAGGAAAGGAGCACACAUAGUGAUGACAUCAACACACAAACUGAUGACACUAGCACACAAACUGAUGACAUCAACACACAAACUGAUGACACAGUCAAACAAACCAAUGACACAAACACACAACUGAUUACACAGAGUCAUGACACAGUAAGUGAUGACACAAGCACUCAAAGCAAUGACACAAACUGACAACACAUGCAAAUAAUGAUCCAUGCACAAGUAUUUGUCUCUAAAGAGAACGUCCAAAGCUUCAAACAUAGUUGAGAAAUCUUGAGGACAGACAUUUCAGGAUUAAUGUGAAGGUGAACUGAAGACAGAAGGAAGCCAGGACAUAUUACUGAUGCAAAAUGUAUUCAGAGAUAUUUUGGUUUCCAUGUAGUGUUUCCAAGGUUUCAGAGACCGUUGAAUAUCUUGAGUUGCUUGUGAAUGUUCUUACUGUUCAUCACAUCAAGGCAAGACAUCACAAUAGGCAUGACAUCACAAUCACAAUCGGCAAGACAUCACAAUAGGCAUGACAUCACAAUCACAAUAGGCAAGACAUCACAAUAGGCUCUUUAAGACAUCACUGUAUCAUGAUGUCCACACAUAAUGUACUCAAGUAAGAAUAAACAGAAUAGAUCCCCAGCAACAAUACUUCUCAUACACAUGGAUUACAUGGGUGACUCGGUGACCAAUCUGUAUUUGAAGUCUUCAUACACAGAUGGUUUGGGAUGCCAGUCAUAACUUCAAUCACUGAUUUGUCAGGCCCAGACUUGACCAUUGACAAGUCUACCCUACAUUGCUGGAAAUAGCAGAGAAAAGAAUAACGCAAAAAAACAUACACACAAUUGCACAUGAACAUAUGCAGGAUCUACGAAAAACACAAUUCAUGUCCUAUUCUCCAAUGUGUCAGACAUGGAAAAAUAGGAUCCUUUUCCAAAGACACAAGUGGAACACUGACAGUGAACUUAUUCUAUAUUAUUAAAGUUUGAUUUUACACAUUU